CUAGUUGAGAGAAUGCCAAGAGUGUGCAAAGCUAUCAAGGCAAAAUACAAGAUAUUUUGAUUCGUUUAACAAAUGUUUUUGGUUACAUGAAUCCAUAUGUGUUAUUUCAUAGUUUUGAUGUCUUCACUAUUAUUAUUCAAUGUAGAAAAUAGCAAAAAUAAAGAAAAACCCUUGAAUGAGUAGGUGUGUCCACACUUUUGACUGGUACUGUAUAUUACACCAACUGACAAGUUCUUCUGAUGUUCACACAGGAGAUCAUGUUGAGACAUUCUCUACAUCCAGAGAGCAACAGCAGGAAGAUCACAGAGCUAAGAGGUCUUACCACUGCCCACAUUGUGAGGAGAUUUUCCCAAUUCUAUCAAAGCUAAAAGUACACCUACAAAUACACAGAGGAGAGAAUCAAUAUUCCAAUAAUGACGGUGGGAAGAAUUUCACAACAUCCAAGACUCUGACAGUUCAUCAGAGAGUGCAUACAGGAGAGAAGCCUUACUCCUGCUCUGACUGUGGAAAUAGUUUCUCUCGACGGGGCGACCUAAAAACACACGAACGUAUACAUACAGGAGAGAAGCCUUACUCCUGCUCUAAUUGUGUAAAAUGCUACACAACAUCAGGUGAGCUAAAAGUUCAUCAGAGAACACACACAGGAGAGAAGCCAUACUCCUGCUCUGACUGUAGGGCGAGUUUCUCUCAACUGAGUCACCUAAAACAGCAUGAACGUACACACACAGGAGAGAAGCCUUACUCCUGCUCUGACUGUGUAAAAUGCUUCACAACAUCAGGUGAGCUAAAAGUUCAUCAGAGAACACACACAGGAGAGAAGCCUUACUUCUGCUCUGACUGUAGGGCGAGUUUCUCUCAACUGGGAAACUUAAAACAACAUGAACGUGUACACACAGGAGAGAAGCCUUACUGCUGCUCUGAUUGUGGAAAGAGUUUUUCUCGACGGGGCCACUUUAAAACACAUGAGCAUAUACAUACAGGAGAUAAGCCUUACUCCUGCUCUGAAUGUGGAAAAAGUUUUUCUCGACUGGGCGAUCUAAAAAUACAUGAACGUAUACAUACAGGAGAGAAGCCUUACUCCUGCUUUAAUUGUGUAAAAUGCUUCACAACAUCAGGUGAGCUAAAAGUUCAUCAGAGAACACACACAGGAGAGAAGCCAUACUCCUGCUCUGACUGUAGGGCGAGUUUCUCUCAACUGAGCCACCUAAAACAGCAUGAACGUAUACACACAGGAGAGAAGCCUUACUCCUGCUCUGACUGUAGGAAGAGUUUCUCUCAAUCGAGCCACCUAAAACAGCAUGAACGUAUACACACAGGAGAGAAGUCGUACUCCUGCUCUGAUUGUGGAAAAUGCUUCACAACAUCAUCUGAGCUUAAAGUUCAUCAGAGAACACACACAGGAGAGAAGCCUUACUCCUGCUCUGACUGUGGGGUGAGUUUCUCUCAACUGGGAAACUUAAAACAACAUGAACGUAUACACACAGGAGAGAAGCCUUACUCCUGCUCUGACUGUGGGGUGAGUUUCUCGCAACCGUGCAACCUAAAAAAUCAUAAACGUAUACACACAGGAGAGAAGCCUUACUCCUGCUCUGACUGUAGAAAGAGUUUCUCUCAACUGGGCCACUUAAAAAGACACCAACUAAAAAUACACCUAAAAAUACACACAGGAGAGAAGCCUUACUCCUGCUCUGACUGUGGGGCGAGAUUCUCUCAACGGAGCCACUUAAAAAGACACCAACAAAUACACACAGGAGAGAAGCCCUACUCUUGCUCUGACUGUGAAAAAUGCUUCACAACAUCAUCUGACCUAACAGUUCACCAGAGAAUACACACAGGAGAGAAGCCUUUUUCCUGCUCUGACUGUGGGGGGAGAUUUUCUCAACUGAGCAGUUUAAAAAAACACCAACGUAUACACACAGGAGAGAAGCCGUACUCCUGCUCUGACUGUGGGGCGAGAUUCUCUCGACAGAGCCACUUAAAAAGACACCAACAAAUACACACAGGAGAGAAGCCCUACUCUUGCUCUGACUGUGAAAAAUGCUUCACAACAUCAUCUGACCUAACAGUUCACCAGAGAAUACACACAGGAGAGAAGCCUUUUUCCUGCUCUGACUGUGGGAAGAGUUUCUCCCUAUUGGAUACCUUAAAAGCACAUGAACGUAUACAUACAGGAGAAAAGCCUUACUCCUGCUCUGACUGUGGGAAGAGGUUCUCUCAACAGAGCAACUUAAAAAAACACCAACGUUUACAUACAGGAGAAAAGCCUUAUUCCUGCUCGGACUGUGAAAAGAGUUUCUCCCAAUUGGAUAAGUUAAAUAGUCACCAGCGAAUACAUACAGGAGAGAAGCCUUACUCUUGCUCUGACUGUGGGGAGAGUUUCUCUCAACACAGCAGCUUAAAGAAACACAAACGUAUACACACAGGAGAGAAGCCUUACUUCUGCUCCGAAUGUGGGACGAGUUUCUCUCUACAGGGCAACUUGAAAUCACACCAACGUAUACACACAGGAGAGAAGCCUUACUUCUGCUCUGACUGUGGAAAGGAUUUCUCUCAACACAGCAGCUUAAAGAAACACCAACGUAUACACACAGGAGAGAAGCCUUACUCCUGCUUUGAAUGUGGGAAGAGUUUUACAACAUCAAGUGCUCUGACAGUUCAUCAGAGAGUGCACACCAACGGAUUCACACAAACCAAGACUUUUGCAGAUUAAAAUCUUAGGUUUUCGGUGGAUUGACAAUGGACCCCUGUUUUAAAGUAUCCUUUUUUGGUAACAAAAGGAGAGAAGCUUUAUCAGUUCUCUCAGACCAGCUAAGAUUGAAGUCAAGAAAGUGUAGAACACUAUUUUAAUCCUAUUGUUUUUCACUGUGAGAACCGUGCAGAGGAAAGGGAGCGUUUUAUAGAAUGUUAUCCUCUCUUUACUGAUCAGUGUGUAUCUUGUCAGUUUUGUUGUGUUUUGUUAGCUUCUACUGUAAAGAUAUUGAGAUGA